AUGUCUCUUGGUUCAACGAAAGCCAUCCUGAUUAACAACCUUCGACCUAACCUGACACUCUUCACUGCACCUCACUGCACCCUCUGCAACGUCUUUCGCACCGAACUUUUGAAACUCAAGGACUCCUCUACCUACCCCUACAAUCAAUUUCAACUUUCGUAUUACAACAUCCGAGACUCCAGUUUGGAAGAUCAUAAGCUCUAUCGAAGGGCCUAUCAGUACGAUAUACCUGUACUUCACUUAGAUGGAAAGGAACUUAUGAGACAUCGACUUGACAUUAAAUUACUCACUCAAAGACUGCGCGAGUGGCAUCAACUUGCUGCCAAGGAUACAUUGGGUCAAUCGCUUUACGAUUCAGAGUAG